AUGCACCACGCAACGCAGCAUGAUCGAUUUAAAGGAUCUUUUCAUUUUCUACAAAAUCUGCCGGAAUACCAAACGGAAAAGCCAUACGAGAUCUGGCGAGAGUCGCCGGAACACAUCCCGAAGUCGAAUUGCAAGUUCGAGGAAAGACAUGGCAUCAUCUUGAGGAACAUCCGGGAGUGUGAUCCGCGUGAUUUCGACUACGCUACCACAGGCUUCAAGCCACUAUACUCUCCUUGCAUUGAACCUCUAUCGAGUGAGGAUUGCACGUCUUUGGAGCCAACAGGUCGGCUUCUAAGAUAUCUCGAAAAUACCAUAGAGCUUGUCAAAUCUCAGUUGAAAGCAAAGGAGGUCAUUUGCUUUGAUUGGCGAUACCGAAUGUCAUCCGGUGUUAAGCAGAUCAAUGUGUACGAUUAUACAAAGCAGGAGAGGUAUAACUCUCUGAAUCCAGCUCACGUCGUGCACUUCGAUGAUUCUCCCGAUGGAGGAAUGGGAAGACUUCAAAGAUAUCUUAAGCCCGAAGAAUUGGCGUCUUUCAAAAAUGACGAAAUCAGGAUUCGUUUUGUGAACGUUUGGCGACCUUUAGUUGCGGUGGUUGAGGACUCACCUCUGGCGAUGUGCGAUCGUCAAUCAGUCUCGGUCUCUGACAUGUUCGAGUGCGACAAAAUUCACGAAGAUCAUAUCGGAGAGGGACUCUAUCUCAUUCAUAAUGAGGAGCAACGCUGGUAUUGGCUUCCCGAUAUGACAAGCGAUGAAGCGCUUGUCUUUGUCACUUGGGAUUCUCAAUUUGACGAAAAGCAUCCUGUGGGCCCCCCACAUGCCGCCUGCGAUGAUCCUAAGCCACGAACAAGCCCAAGCCCGAGGGAGAGUAUCGAGGUGAGACUCAUGGUCUUUACGGAGAAAUAG